AUGUCUCUUACGGAGCGAAUCGAGAACGCAUCGGAUGUGGAUGUGAUGAAGUUGUAUUUGACACUGCAGACGAUUAAUAAUUAUUGUAAAUUGGACAGCGGUGGGGCUGAUGGCGAUACUUCGAUUGUUGAUUCCACUGGAAAUCAACUGAGUGAACAGCUACGCAGAAGUAAAGAAAUUGAAAAUGAUGUGGUGAAGAAUUUGGAGGAAAUUAAUAAAUUGACUCGGGAAUUGGAAGAAGAUAUCGAUGAAGAUAAAUUGAAGGCAGCUGAAUGUUUUUUUGAGAAGAAAAGGAAACUAAAAGAGCUGGAAAACGAUCCGCUAUAUAAAAAGUUGAUGGGUGGAGGAAUGGGCGAAUCUUGUGAGGAAUAUAAUCGAUAUUUGAACGAAAUAAAAUUAGCAAAAGAGGAAUUAGAGAAGGAGGAGAGUCUGGGGUUGCAUCUUAAAAGGGAUAUUGACGCACUGAAAGAAGCGUUGGAUGUGGAUAAUUAA